CGGGGGCCGCGGUCUGGCCAACAUCGCCACCAUCACGCCCAAGAUUGACCAACUCCUGACCGACCUAUCUGCCGCGGUGACCUCCAAACUGAAUCCGGCCGCCGCCAGCGCACCCUCCUCUGGCCCCUACGUGCAGGCCCUGGCCGCUGCUGGCCUCUAUCCGUGA